CAUUUGAAUUUUGAUCAUUCAAUUCAAAGAGUAAAGUAAUAUAUAGGGUAAUUCAAUUUCAGUCGUUGCCUUUCUCAUAGUACCUAUCACGGAGUUUUCUCAAUAUUUUGGUGAAAAAUGGCUUCAAAAGUAGCUGUAGUUACAGGAGCCAAUAAAGGCAUUGGUUUUGCUAUAGUACGUGGCCUUUGCAAGCGUUUUGAUGGUGUAGUUUACCUUACUUCAAGAAAUAUAGAACGCGGUAAAAAAGCCGUAGCUGAGCUUGAAAAGGAAGGUUUAAAGCCUAAUUAUCACCAGCUGGAUAUUACAGACAAGAAUAGUUUGGAAACAUUCAGAGAUUAUAUCAAGAAUAAGUACGGAGGAAUCGAUAUAUUGGUAAAUAACGCAGCGAUUGCAUUUAAAGGCAACGCCACGGAGCCGGCGGCCGUGCAAGCCAAGGAAACAUUAUUCGUAAACUACUUUUCUCUGGUUUCUACGUGUGAUAUCUUAUUCCCUAUCCUCAAAAAUGGUGCUCGCGUUGUUAAUCUAUCGAGUUCUUGCGGCCAAUUAGGCUUAAUUCCAAGUGAAGAGUUGAGAGAACGUCUUAAUGAUGAGAAAUUAACUGUUCCGGAGCUGUCGGACUUGAUGCAGCAGUAUGUGGAUGCUGCUCAGCAAGGAACGCAGACUGAAGCUUGGGGAACCUCUUCAUAUGUGGUCUCUAAAGUUGGUGUGUCUGCAUUGACUAAUGUACAACAGAGAAUGCUGGAGAGCAGAGAUAUAAAAGUGAACUCGGUGCACCCUGGCUAUGUGGAUACAGAUAUGACGUCCCACAGAGGCCCGCUUACCAUCGACCAAGGAGCUGAAGCACCACUGUACUUAGCUCUGGAUGCCCCGGACUCUGUCCGAGGCAAAUAUGUCUGGUACACAAAAGAGAUUGUCGACUGGGACUCUGAGGAUCCUAUGUAAAUAAAUUUAAGGUCUAAUUUAGCUUGAACUAAUUGAGGAUGCAAAAAUCUCAAAUGAUAAGCUUAAGC